GGUGGUCGACGCCAUCUUGGUAGUAGCGCUACCAACAAUAAAAGUCCGUUCAGCAGAAACUGUAAACUGCUCAAAAUUGUUGGGAGCGCAGCGCAAAGCGCUAACUAAACGCUUUCCAUUGGCUGAAUGCAGCCUUUAUAAGCAGAAUCGGUAUAACAGCUGCUGAUUAAUCAUGGCAAACGUUUCUCUUGACAAAGAUAUGUUUUUUCGACGCAUGAAGCGUCUGUACGCCGCAUGGAAGGAUGGGGAAGUCGGCACGGAUGACAGUUUCGGUAAAAUGGACUGUCUCGUCUCCGCUGUCGGCUCCGACGAAGACAUCGUCUACAGCAAGUCCAUAGCAUUGCAAACGUGGCUGCUCAGCUACGAACUUACGGAUACAAUAAUGAUUCUGGCAGAGGAGUCUAUUAAUUUCUUGGCCAGUAAAAAGAAGAUUGAAUUUCUGAGGAAAGUGGAAAAUCAUAAAACCGAAGAUACAGAAGUACCGCCUGUAAAGUUAUUUGUGAGAGACAGAAGUGAUGAAGACAAAGCAAACUUUGGAAAACUUAUUGAAGUGAUGAAACAAAGCAAAAAAGGCAAAACUUUGGGAGUGUUUUUGAAGGAGAAUUAUCCUGGUGCUUUUAUGGAUGCCUGGAGAGCUGCUUUAAAAAACGAAUCUUUUGAUACAAUUGAUGUAAGUGCUGCGGCUGCUUACGUUAUGUGUCCAAAAGAAGACAGUGAAAUAUUUACUGUAAAGAAAGCUUGUCUCCUCUUAGGCCCAAAAACUAAUGCAAUAGCUAAAAAGGGCAUGGUAUUCAAUGUGAAUGUCGGUCUUGCAAACCUUACUAAUCCAGAUGCAACAGACAAGGAAGGGAAAAUAUAUGCCCUUUUCAUAGGCGAUACAGUCAUGGUGAACGAAGGACAGCCUGCUACUAAUUUGACUCCAUCGAAAAAGAAAGUGAAAAAUAUAGGUAUAUAUGUGAAAGAUGAUGAAGAUGAAGAAGAAGAAGGAAGUGGAAAAGAAAACGAGCGAAAACCAGAAAUCCUGGGACGUGGAAAAAGAACAGCUGUAAUAGAAUCUAAAUUGAGAACAGAACAUAGUUCGGAAGAGAAGAGGAAGCAACAUCAAAAAGAGUUAGCUCAGCAAUUGAACGAAGUUGCUAAGGCUCGAUUGGCCCAGCAAUCUGGCGGCAAAGAACAAGAAAAAAUACGUAAAUCCACAGUAUCAUACAAAAGUUUGAGCCACAUGCCACGUGAACCAGAGGUCAAAGAGUUAAAGUUAUAUGUGGAUAAGAAGUAUGAGACUGUGAUUUUACCAAUUUCUGGUAUUCCAGUACCCUUCCACAUAUCGACAAUUAAAAACAUUUCACAGUCGGUAGAGGGAGAUUAUACGUAUCUUAGAAUAAACUUUUUUCAUCCCGGUGCAACAAUGGGACGAAACGAAGGUGGAUCUUAUCCUCAGCCCGAUGCAACAUUUGUUAAAGAAGUAACAUAUCGAAGCACAAAUACCAAAGAGCCCGGUGAGAUCUCCGCUCCAUCGUCAAAUUUAAAUACAGCUUUUAGGCUAAUUAAAGAAGUUCAAAAGAAGUUCAAAAAUCGAGAAGCGGAAGAAAGAGAGAAGGAGGAUCUCGUAAAACAGGAUACCUUAGUAUUGUCGCAAAAUAAAGGCAAUCCAAAGUUAAAAGAUCUGUACAUUCGACCAAAUAUUGUCACAAAGAGAAUGACGGGUGGUUUAGAAGCGCACACAAAUGGAUUUCGGUACACUUCGGUCCGCGGUGAUAAAGUGGACAUUCUUUAUAAUAAUAUUAAAAACGCCUUCUUCCAGCCAUGUGAUGGUGAAAUGAUUAUACUGCUUCAUUUCCACUUAAAACAUGCUAUUAUGUUUGGCAAAAAGAAACAUGUAGAUGUACAAUUUUAUACCGAAGUUGGAGAAAUUACUACAGAUUUAGGUAAACAUCAACACAUGCAUGACCGCGACGAUCUUGCUGCUGAACAGUCGGAACGAGAAUUGAGACAUAAAUUAAAAACUGCUUUUAGGAGUUUCUGUGAAAAGGUUGAAGGAAUGACAAAGCAAGAAAUUGAAUUUGAUACUCCAUUUCGGGACUUGGGCUUCCCUGGUGCACCAUAUAGAAGCACUGUCUUGCUUCAACCAACUAGCGGAUGUUUGGUUAAUCUCACAGAAUGGCCUCCAUUUGUCAUUACAUUGGAAGAUGUUGAAUUAGUUCAUUUUGAAAGAGUACAAUUCCAUUUGAAGAACUUUGACAUGAUUUUUGUCUUCAAAGAUUAUCACAGAAAGGUAGCGAUGGUAAAUGCCAUUCCUAUGAAUAUGUUGGAUCAUGUCAAGGAAUGGUUAAAGCGAGCUUCCGAAGAUAUUGACAGUGAAGAGGAAGAAUUAGGCAGUUCUGAGGAAUCGGGUAAAGAUUGGUCAGAUUUGGAACGAGAAGCGGCCGAAGAGGACAAGGAGAGAGGAGAUGGUUACCGUGAUGAUUAUAGUUCCAGCAAGAAGAAGAAAUCAAAUCGAAGACAAUCUCCAUCUCCUUCAAAAGACAGGCAUAAACACAAGAGUUCCAUGAAUUCAAAGAGCAAAAGUUCGUCCAGCAGUAAGGAUAAACGAUCACCAGACAAACACAGAACGGAUCGAUCACGGAGUGGGGGCUCGCACAAGAAAGGGUCUCCUUCCAAAUCAUCCAAACACAGCCCCAAGAAGAAUGACAAACAUGAUAAGCGUGAUAAAAGUAAGUCGCAUUCUUCAUCCAACAGUAAAAAACGCUCCCGCGAAGACAGUUCGGAAAGAAAUGAUAGGGCGUCUAAGAAAUCUAGAAAGUAAAUGCAAAGGAUCUGCACACUGAAAAGGAAGCACACAGAAAAUCACAACAAAUACCAUGCUGAUUCUAAGUAAAUCUCUUACUUAAGAUAUAGCAAUUAGCUGAUCCAUAAAAAUAGUACAUUUUCUUGCAUUGAAUGAGCAGGAGCGAAUUAAUUAUGUAUGAUUAUUUAUGGCGUUGUUUCCUUUCCGAAUUCUCGAGUAUUUCAUUCUCGAAUAUUUAACUUUUCGUAUAUAUUUAAUUUGCUUUAAUAUUCAAUAAAUUCAUACAUCAAUCUUAACAGUGAUGGAUAUAUACAUCAAUAUCCUGCAAUCACGUUUUAAAUGUACAUAUAAAAAAAAUUUUAUAUGAAAAUAUGUUGGAAUGCAUAUAUAUUAGAUUUCAGACCUGUUUAAUAUUUUUUCAAAAAAGUACUGAAAAGAGAAUUUGUCUACUUCCUUUUUUUAUUUUAUAAUUUUUGUGUUUUUGGUAAUUAAUGUAGUUUUUAAGAUUAAGUAUGUAUAUCUCAUUCCAUUCCUCAUUUGAUAAUGUAAGGAUCACUCUAUAAAAAUAUACAUCCAUUUUAAUAAGUUUUCAACAACGCAUAUAGUGUAUAUAGAUAAUGAAUUAACGGAAUAAAUUAAAAGUAUCUCCUUUUUCCAAGAGGCAUUAUCUUACAAUCUUAUCCUCUAUCUCGUAAUAUUUUCGAAUCAAUGAAAAAUAUAUCCAAAUUUCGUAUCUAUAUUUGUAAGAAACGUGAUGUAACAUAAAGCAGCAUUAACACAAGCAUUUCUAACAUAUAGAUUGCGAGCUAUAUAAAGAAAAUAAUGAUAGAAAUGCAAGACAAUGUACUAAACAGGCAAAUGUACUAAACGUGGCAAAUACGAUUCAUCAUAUAAUGUUGGCCCCGAUAGCGAAUUUUUCUUGGCUAUUUUAUUUAUCUGUUUUGAUUAUUUAAAGAGUUGGAAAUAUACUUGCAAUUUCUCUCAUCAUGCAUUAUAUGUAUGCUGAAAAAACGAAAGGCUUAUUGAUUCAUAAGGUGAAGAAAUGAAUCGAAUGUUAUCCAAAACUCAUUUGCGCGCCUAGUUCUCAGAGAUUUGUACACUUAACGUCUGAAAUAACAUUGCUCUUAAGUUAUUUAUCAUUAAUGUACAAAUGUCAUUUGUGGUUUUUAUAUUCCAAAAUGUAUAUAAUGUUGAUACA